AUGUCGACUACCUUUUCGACUGGGGUACCAAAUCUCUUCACAUCUCCCAUGACCGCAUUUGGUCCGCGCAGUUUAUUUCACUCUGCAGAACGACCUAAUGAAAGUACAUUGGGCGGCGCCACCUUCACACAGGAGGAUCGUCUCAUGCUGCAUCUACUCUACCAACAACAACAGGCCAUGCAGUUUCAGCUGCAGUCCAUCGCAUUAUCGAUACAACAGUUGAAUAUGACCAUGACUGGACUCCCCACACCUUCCGUUGCGGUGCCAGUGUACGGUAGUAGUAGUAGUGUAAAUGAUCCGAGUCCUUCCACAAAUGCCACUACGACUACAUCUGCCCCAGUGCAAACAAACACUUCAGUUCAUCAAACGAGAAAUACAGUGAAUUCCACUCCAUUUGAAACGAGAAGUGACCAGCGUAACCCUGAGAGCACUACAGAUCAUCAUUUGGAGAAUGCAUCUCAAGUAAAAGAAGUAUCACGCUCCUGCACCCCACCCCGCGAGGAUUCCGAUGCCUCUCGUCAUAGUCUCAUGAAUCACUCUAUGGACUCCGCGGCCCCGUGGGAUCCAGCGGCGGGAUCGCGUCACAGUAGUGUCAUUCAUGGAAGCCGGGGGGAAAAUCCACUUCUAUCCUCUUUGCGGGGUAAAUUACCAACACCAAACCGAUCAGCUGUAGGUUCUGUUUCGGCUGGUACAGGCUAUAGUGCAAGUGCAAACAUUAGCGCAUCAUUAGAAGACUCCAAACCCUCUAUUAGACCUACGCUUCAUCCUUCAUUAUCAUCAUCUUUCCAUACUGAACAAGAAUCGCAGAAUAUGUCUUCUUCUAGGAAUGUAGGUCCUCAUACUCAUCGACAGCAACGUAUCGUACUGGACAAUAGAAAGGUGGAACACCCACAACGUUCUCAAUCUAAUCUUGAGACUUCUACUGUAACUAAAAAUGAGAAGUCAGAGCAUAACAAGGACUGGAAUACUGGAAGUAGUCAACGAGAUCGUGUUGGUAAUGAGGAAUACGGUGAGACAAAUACAUCUGUUGUUGGAUAUGACUCACAGAGUGAUGGUUAUGGAAGUUACGAGACUAGAGAGUACUUAAAACGGGUAGGUAUCAUAUAA